AGCAUGUUUCUACUGUCUACAAAUCCCUGCCCUGUGAAUCACCAAAAUCUUCCUAAACUCCAUUCCUUGUAGUUAUUCACCGAUGUUCCGUUCUCUUCUCAACUCCAAUUCAAAUCUUCUUCGCAUCUUCUCCUUCAGACCGCUCUCCUCCGCCACCGCCACCUCCACCGUAGAUUACCUCACAAAUACCCUAGGCUUCGCCCGCGAGUCAGCCAUCGCUGUCGCCGAGAAACUCAACAUCAAAACCACCACCAGGCCCGAUUCAGUGGUCCAACUUUUCAAAAGCUAUGGUUUCACCCCAACUCACAUCGCCACCAUCGUUUCCAAGCUUCCUUCUCUCCUCUUAGCCAACCCGGUUAAAACCCUCGCACCCAAGCUUCAAUUCCUCUCCAAUAAUGGCGUCUCCGGCUCUUCCCUCGUCAACAUUGUCUCCACCAACCCUGUGAUACUCAGACGGAGCUUGCAGAACCAAAUCAUCCCCUGCAUUUCCUUCCUCAAAAAGGUCUUACCCACCGAUCACAAAAUCGCUUCUCUCCUCACUGCCAAGCGCGGCACUUGGGUCGUCUACAAGUUUUCUGAACAAAUGGUGCCAAACAUCGAGACUCUGCGAAGCCAUGGUGUGCCGGAGUCGAAUAUUUUGCGGAUGCUGAUCUUGCGACCGCGGACGCUGUCGUUCAAUGCUGAUGAGUUUAAGGCAAUCCUUAAGAGGGUUAAGGAAAUGGGGUUUGAUGAAAAGGGUAUGAUGUUCAUUCAUGGGAUGUGCGCAUUAUGUGGAAUGAAGAAGGCGAAAUGGGAGUCAAAAGUGAGUGUCUUCAGGAGUUUUGGUUGGGGGGAGGAGGAGUUUAUAGCGUUAUUUGUGAAGCAGCCCCAGUUUAUGAGCAACUCAGAAACAAGGAUUAGGAAAUGCUUGGAUUUUCUCAUUAAUGAGUUGAAUUGGAUGCCGGAGGAUAUUUUCAAGUACCCAAUGGUGCUGUUACUUAGCUUGGAGAAGAGAGUGGUUCCCAGGUCUCGUGUCCUUCAGCUUCUGAUUGGAAAGGGUCUUGUGACUAGGAGAAGUAUAGGAAGGGCAUUGAUAAUCUCUGAAGAUCGGUUCAUGAAAGUGUUCAUGUCCAGUUAUGAAAAGAAGAUCCCAGAGCUGUUGGAGGUUUACCAAAGUAAUAAAGUGGGAUUGCUACAGUAAGCAGUUUUAGUUUGAGGAAGGCUUGCAGCUACAAUUUAAGUUGUGGAUCCUCUUUUCCCACGUUCUUCUCAACAUUUUUGUAAGUUUACUCGAUUACCAAAUUUUGUUUAUUCCUCUUAUUCAGAUUCUUUUACAUUAUUUUUGGCUUUUAUUCACAACCUUUCUAAACCUUUAUUAUAUAGAGAAGUUGUUCUUGAUCCUCUUUUGCAGCAAACUAUGAUUGAAGAACUUUCUACUUUAUAUAAGACCGAUUCUUGGAAUUUAAUACCUUUACCACCUAGUAAGAGUGUCAUUGGCUCUCGUUGAAUCUGUAAAAUCAAAACUAAGUUUGAUGGUUCGAUUAGGUGAUACAAGACUCAAUUGGUUGCUAAGGGGUUUUCUCAACAGUAUGGUAUGGAUUAUGAGAAGACUUUUGCUCUAAUUACAAAGAUGACAACUGUUCAUACUCUUAUUGUAGUUGCUUCUAUUCGUCAGUGGCAUAUAUCUCAAAUGGAUGUUAAAAAUGUCUUCUUAAAUGGUGAUCUUCAAGAAGAAGUCUACAUAGUUCUCCCUCUUGGUGUUUCUCAUAAUCUUGGAGAAGUUUGCAAGCUCAAGAAAGCUUUAUAUAGUCUCAAACAAACACCUCGUGCUUGGUUUGCGAAGUUCUUUGAUGUGCUUACUUCUCUUGGUUUUCACCCUAGUCAUCACGAUCCUAUACUUUUUCUAAAGUGCACCUUUACUAGUCAUAUUCUACUUUGUCUAUAUGUUGAUGAUAUGAAUAUUACAAGUGAUAAUGUUGAUGGGAUUGUAGUGUUGAAAUCCGAUUUAGCCUUUUGUUUUGAAAUGAAGGAUUUAGGUGCUUUACGUUA